AUGAUUGCUGAGGUAACUUGCAUUUGGGACUUUGCUGGUCCGCCGAUCUACUAUAUUACUCACCCAAAUUCUCUGAAAAGCGAUGCUGUGUAUUUGAUUGAGUUCAAUUUGAUGGAAAACAUGCAAGGAAAGAAAAGGAAGUGUAAGAUCUCUAGAAUGGCAAAAGAAACGAUGACAAAUGAAAUGACAAUCAUACAGAUUAUCAAAUAUCGAAUGGAGUUGAUAUUCACGUACGCCGUCCAAGCUGAACAGCAGCAACUAAAAACAAAGAAGCCUAAAAUUGUGGUAGUUGGUACCCACUUUAAAGGCACAAGUGAUGAAAAGGAGCAGGCUGCAGAACAGUUUAGAAUAUUAUUUCAAGAAAUCAAAAGCACUCCUUAUGAAAGUUACGUGGUGAGAAAAAUGUACCUUAUCGACAACGAGUCUUCAUCUGGAAGCAAGUUUCAGGAAAAACUUGAACAAGAUAUUUGUGGAUUUCUAAACGCCAUGCCAAAUACGAUUCCACUUACAUGGUUUAAUUUACAACGUUUAUUACAAGAGAUGGGUGAAAAAGAAAUGCACGUAGAUUAUGAUGAGGUGUGUAAAGUUGCCACUCAGUGUGGAAUUUUGAAAGAGAAUCUCAAACAUACUCUCAACUACUUACACGAUCUUGGAAUUGUCAUGUACUUCCAAGACAAUAGACAAUUAAGAGAUACAGUGGUAUUAAACCCACGGAAGGUGAGUAAUAUCACCGAGGAACUUAUCACAGCAGUUAAAACUGACGAUGAGAUGGUGAGUUAA